UCAUCAGUUUCGCGACACAGAUCGAUUUGCGAGAGGGCAAAACCGCUGACAAUACUGCACAUCUCGUGAUUCGCGUCGUUUACUUCAUCUCGCGCAUUUCGGAUCACAAAUAACGCCACUAAAAUGACGUACCAUCGAUGGUGGUGCUGCAUCAGCUAUUGCUAAACUGCUGGACGACAACAAAAGUAGCAACAAAUAUUCGCUUUUCUGGGUGGAGCUCUGCCCAAAUCAGAACAAUCCAUUACAGCCAUCCCAACCCGUCGAGUGUGAUUCACUCACGUCAGGAUCGUGAAUGAUGAAGAUCAACGAAAAAAAUCUGUGCAUGUUCGCGACUACGCCACCGGUCGACCUAGAAGGAUGGCUAAAUAAACGGGGUGAGGUUAACAAAAGUUGGCAGCGGCGGUGGUUUGUCCUGAAGGGCAAUCUGCUGUUCUAUUUCGAGCGCAAAGGCGAUCGGGAACCGCUAGGAAUGAUCAUCCUGGAAGGGUGCACCGUUGAGCUGGCCGAGGAAGGGGAGCAGUACUGCUUUCAGAUCAUAUUCCAUGGCCCGAAUAAUAGGACCUACUACCUGAGUACCGAGUCGCAGAGUAACAUGGAACAGUGGAUGAAGGCGCUGACCUGCGCCGGUUACGACUACAUGAAACUGAUGGUGGCCGAGCUGCAGCGCCAGUUGGAUGAAAUCGAAGGUUGCAAGGAGAAGACACCGGAAACGACGCCGCUUCCGCCUCCGAAAGCACCACCCCGGCGACAGAACCCCUUCAACCGACCACCGCCGCCACCGGUUGAGUGUGCAUCCAAUACCGUUUUCGACCCAUGCGCUGCGGCUCUACCGAUGGCAGCGUCCCACUUUUCCCCUCGAGCCGUCCGGAAGGCACCUCCUCCACCGCUGGUAUCGCCGUCGUCGCAGCCGGCCAGUAACAUUACCAACGGUAGAAGUCAGCUAAGCAGCGCCCACAGCAGCGGCGGAAGCGUCCUGAAUGUCGAUCUGUUGGCCGCCGGCGGAGAAGGAGGAGGAACAAGAAGCGAUGAGUUCGGGUUCGAGCAGAUGCACAGACUGCUCGGCGUUCCGAUCCUGGCGGAUCUAAAGGCACGGAAAAUGGCGAUGGAGAAGAGCGAACCACCACUCAUCAUGUUCUAGAAAAAAAGAGGGAGCUUGAAAGCGCUUGUUUCGAGCCAUUUUGUUCGUUCAUUGUUUUGUGCUUGGUCUAACCGUGGAUGUGUCCCGUGUUAUUUUGUUGCCGUCUAGCAGGGUUCUGUUUGGUUGUGUCGUUUAUGUUAUGCGAUCGUUUAUUGUAAAUCUGUAAGCAUUUCGCCCAGACUUGGCCAGUCAAUUGAGUGAUAGGAAUUUCAAAAUAGGUAUAUCAUAGGAAUUGAUUAUGCACGUUGUUUCUUAGCAGUCCGAUUUUUUUUUACAAUAGAAGUUUCUCAUAUCUAAAAAAAAAAGUUGUCUGUGUGGACAACAAAUGUAUGUGUCAAAAAUGUUUUAAACGAAAUGAUAAUCGGCUAAUAUUAGGUAUGAUAGAAACCCAUUCUAACUCGAAUAGAACAUAGCUAAUUUAUACGAUUUAAGAUGCUACUUUAGCAGGUCUCUUCUACUCGAUAGGUUCUAUAUCAUGGAUGGUCCUUUUUAAAUCGAGUAAGGUAGAGUUUGCAACUGUAGGCUGAUUGGAUUUGUGUUUUUGUGUGUGGCAAAUCCCAUUCUAACUUGUGACAUGCACGCAAAUUGCUCAUUUGUUAAUAACUUUUCACUCACUCUUUGAAAUUGGACCUGAAGCAAUUGACAGAGUAGGGUCGAAGUUCACUGAAGACAUGAAUAGAGUUGAUAAAUUUUAACAUUUGAAUUUACACUAAAGCGUGUUUUUAUAUUAAACGUUCAAAAUGAUCAACGAUGUGUCAACAGCUUGUCGCCUAAGCGCGAGCUUAAAAACUCUAUUCUAUUGAUUGCUUGAAGAAAAACAAGGGUGGGAUCAAUUUAGCUAGAGUCGCUAAUUGGCGUUAGCGCUUUAGCAUAAACACUUUUUUUAAACGUCUUGCGAUACUAGAUAUGUAUUAGUUUCGAUAUAAUUUGAUCUUGAAAUCGCUUAUGAAUUAACCGCUAAGCAGAUGUUAUUAUAAAGUAUGUUAUAAUUAGACAAUACUAUGCAUGCCAAGCAUGUUGUUGGUUCAACAGCAGGUUAGAGAGGGUUUUCAGCAAAGUCCUAGAUAAGUAUUUAUAUUUUAUUGAACGUCUGAUUCUGAUCUGGUGAUAGGAUAGGCAACAAUGGUUCUGUCUCAAAGCUAAACUAGCGUCUCGUACAUUUUGAAUUAUAAAACUAUGACGAGCAAUUUGAGAACGUUUUCAAAGUCGACAUCACCUUCGCUACUAUUCAGUGAUGUUGAACUGUUCGCUACUCAGGCCUAUUGAGAAAUCCAAGUUUGGAUCGGCCACGGUGGCGCUGCAGUCGCAGCGGUGAUGACUGUGCUGUGACGAGGUCGUAUUCACCGUUAAUAUCGAUCUCGGUCUCUAACAAUAUUGAUAUAAUUUCGAUUUCACAUUUUUAGUCCCAAUAUCGGGCCCGACAUCCAAUAUUCAACAUACAAUAUGUUAAACAUAUUUCAUUCCCUUACAACUUCAUAAUUCAUUUGGAAAAUCAAAAACAUUCGUCAUUAAACAAAAGAAAAUUCCGUCCGACUUUAUCUUUCGUUAAUAACUUGAGCACAUAACCGUUUCUUGUUGUGUUUGUCGUAUUAGAUGCUGGAUAAAAGUUUCUUUAAUCGAUAAGACUUAGGACCUAAUGAAAUGUUCAGCUUGCUUCAAUCUUUACGACGAAUUCUACUACUUUUCUUUAAUUUUAAUGAUUAUACAAUUCAAUCACUUCCAAGAGACCUUUCGUAUUUUUUUCGGUGCUCCAACUGCUUUACUACGCCACGCUUUCCAAAACCAGAAUCAGACAGCACUCGUUAUAGAUGAAAUCUAAUCGAAAAAAAAAGUUUAACAAUCAUUCCUUCAUAACCCUCAGUCACCGCAUUCAUUUGUAUUAACUAUUUGUAAGUAACUCCACCGCAAAAGCUAGAACGUAGGAACCACCUUAGUGAUAGCUCGCCAUCAAAGGUAUGUAAUUUUUCGGAGCCGGCUAAACUGCAUCACAAAGCGCAUCAGGAAGUGGCACAUCUCGGAAUAAAUGCUCAUGCAAUACGCUUAACCCCAAAUCGGAAACCAAAAUCAAUUCAAAAUUGCGCCAAACGUGCUCGUCCUCUUUUCAUACCUACCUGUGUUACAUGUGCUGGAUUUGCUCUGUGGUUGUAGCUGCGCUUGCAUCCCGCUCGCAUCAAUGUUGUUGCUGUUAAUUCGCAUUAUUCGAGCGCUUUCCGCUUCUAACCAACAACACAAGAAGCAUAAAAAUCAUCACAGGUCUUCGAUCUUCUUCUUCUUCUUCUUCUCCUCCUGCCAUCGUCUGUUUUCCGUUCCAGCAGCAGUGAAACGCCAACGGAAAAGAAAACCGCUCGAGUCGCACUUUUAAGUGACCAAAACUAACAUUUAAGGUGUAACCAUUGUUUCAGUGUUGAAUUUCCUGUACAAAAGUUUGAAUUUAGGUGAAGUUUAAAACAAAAUCUAAUAUGCCUAUGUAUACUUUGCCCUUGUAUAAGAGAUAAAAAGAACUGCAGUGCCAAAAUUGUAUUAGAUAAUGUAGUAGCGACAAACAGUCAACACACGAACAAAAAUUUUCGUCUAGGGUUUAGUUUAGGUUGUAUAUUCUUUUAAAAUGUAAAAUUCACGGUGAAUUUUAAUUUAAUUGUGAAACCGAUUGAAUCGCUCCUUUUAAUUAGACAUAAAAUAGUAAUCAAGAAGCACGG